UUCACUCGGAUCCCCUCUGUAACUGCACCACCAGCACUUGCUCCAUGUUCACCAGCAGCCUCUACUAUCUUUAUCCCUUCAACAUCGAGUACCACAUCUUUGUCUCUGCCAUGCUCUUCGUCAUGUGGAAAAACAUCGGGCGGACCAUUGACCUUUCCUCAAACCGUAAAAGGUUGGCCACCAAAACCCGGGGCCUGUCUGUUGGCCCUCUCCUGGGUCUGCUAGCCCUGGCCAGCACUAUUGGGAUCCUGGUGGUCUACAUCACCCAUGUGGAGUCCCUCCAGACACGCCAGUCUGCCAUUUCCAUGUUCUACAUUUACGGCAUUGUCAUGCUACUGUUCAUGUGCUUUGCCGGGGCUUUAGGUCUUCUCAUAUACCGAGCGGACCACAUACCACUGGACACCUCUAAGAACCCGUCGAGACAGCUGGACACAGAGCUGCUGUUUGGAUCCUCUAUUGGCUCCUGGCUCAUGUCCUGGUGCAGCAUUGUGGCUGUGUUGAGUACCAAUAGCAGCCCUCCGUACCUGUGGACAAACUUCUUCUACUCUCUGCUGAUUGUGCUGGAGAAGUACAUGCAGAACCUCUUCAUCAUAGAGUCUCUUUACCGCCAGCAAGGGGACGGAGAGAGGGAGGACCCAGAGUUACCGUCUGCUCCCGAAAUAUUCUCCGUCACCUCCUCUUUAGCCCCGCCAUACAACGGCAUCAUCAACCGAGCUUAUGAGACACCAGAGAAAGCCUGCGUUACCAUGGAGAAUGAGCAGGAGGAGAGCGGGCAGGUGUACAGAUGUCCGAGGAAACCGUCAGAGGUACCUCUGCCUGUGGGGAGCAAAGUUGUGGAGACUCCAAAUAUAAAGAGGCAAAUCCUGAAGAACAUUUCUGUCUUCCUCAUAAUGUGCAACAUCUCU